UAGUCGCAGCCACCUACAGGCUGAAGCUCUCUGUGGCUGCAGUUACCUACUCAUUGUUUCAUUGUCACUCCACAGGCUGCCAGCAUGCGAUGGAAUUUCCACGUUUUACCUUCAAUCCAAAGGAAGGGAUCGAUAAUCCAGCUCUGGUCAUCACUGAUGACCCUGAGCCCAGUCAGAACCCUGUGCCCAUACUGUGCCAGUUAAAGCGCCUGGAGGGCCAGAGCUUCGGCUUCUACCUGCGGACGGACCAGAGCAGGCAGGGCUUUGAGAUCAGAGAUGUGGAGCCGUGGAGUCCUGCAGAUCACAGCGGCCUCAGAGAGGGAGAUCGAGUGCUGGAGGUCAACGACGAAUAUGUGGACAACAUGGACUUCUGCAGCAUGGUGUGGAAGAUCCAGUCAUGCGGCCUACACUUGUUUCUUCUGGUGUUGAGAAGGGAAGAGUAUGAAAAGGCGGUGUCUGUUGGUGUGGACCUGCAGACACUGGCCAAGGCCUCAAAAGGUGAACGCUGGUCGAGACCCAGACUGUGUCACAUCAGCAGACACCCUGAGCAUGGCCUUGGGAUGACCAUCGUCACAGUGGAAGGUCAGAAGGGCCAGUAUAUUGUGAGUACGGAGACUGAUGGUCCGGCAGAGAAAGCUGGUGUCUGCACUGGAGACAAACUGAUCUGGAUCAACGGAGUAAUGGCGUCAACGCUCACACACUCCACUCUCAACAGAACUGUUAAAAAGAGUGCAGACUCAGUGACGGUGCUGGUCAUUGACCAUGAGAGUGAGUCUUGCAAUGUCAGGAGGAAGAUGCCCAUCCUGCCCGUGGUGGCAGAAUGCUCCAGCCUGCCCCAUACUGCCAAAACCAUGUAUCUGGUAAAAGGACCUGAUGGAUUCGGCUUUCUGCUGAGACAAGAGAAGCUGGCAGGCACUCGACGAAUAGUUCACGUGCUGAGAGAGGUGGAUGUGGGAAGUCCAGCUGAAGGAGCAGGGAUGGAGGAUGGAGAUCUCCUGCUGGCUGUCAAUGGGGAACCUGUGGAGACUAUGGAGCAUGAGGAUAUUGUCAAAAUUAUUAGAAAGAGUGGUGAUAUAGUCACCCUGACCUCUAUUUCUAUUCAAGGAAGAGACUUUUACAGAGAGUUAGGAAUUUCUCCCCUGUUCUUCCAUGAGAAAUUUACACUCCAAGAUGACAGGCAGCUGACUGUCUCCCACUGCCCUAAGACCCAGAAUGAAACCUCUCUGAGACGUCUCACAUAUCCUACCAUGCAUCUCCAGGACAGAGAGGAGUUUGGUUCUGGUUUCCCCUCAGAUACUCCUCCAGAUCAGCCAGGAACUUUAACCACACAGCUGUCAGAGAAAACAGUUGAAGCUUUCUUGUGA